UAGGCCUCGAAGAAGAUCGAGGCUCCAACGGCAGCAAUUCCAGGUAUAGUCGCUAGGCUAAUGGGUCUUGAGUCAUUACCGGAGUUGACUUGGGUUCCUCCAGGGAAGACCGCAGAUUUGAUUGGCCGAAAUAGGUCAGUAAACUAUGCAGGAUACUGGCCAGAAUUCGACCUAUCACGGGGGCACCAUUGACGGCUUUCAGAAAAUUUCUGAAAAAGCAAAAUUUGCUAAGAAGAAGAAGAAGAGUGAAUCCGCAACUACGCCUAGGAAAAUAGAAACCCAAUGUGACUCGGAAAAUACCGGCCCGGUUUCUAUUCUUGAUCUCAGUGAUGCUUUAGUCGAUUCUGGAACUCCUUUAUCAGGUUUGCCUCCUCAAUUCAGUUUCCUUACAGAAUUCGAAGUUCGUUUCUUAUGUGAGGUUUUCAAAUUCAAUCAUUUCCAAUUGUCACAUUCUCCCUUUGUUAAAAUGUUUUAUAAGACAAGAAGAAUGAAAGCCAAGAGGUUCAAAUUCAAGAAGAAGCCUCUCGACAGAGCUUGCAAAGUCCGACUGUGUAUCUCCACCUGUGGCUUGUAUUACGAGCUCAGAUGAUUGGGGAUCAGGUUCAUUUGAAGAGAAAACUAAGGAAACAAGGAAGAAUGAUGAUCAGGGGUACUCGGAGUGGUGGGGAGUGAUUAGCAAUUUAGCUGAAAAAGAAAUGAGGUCCUCCAUUUGGGUUUCUAGGGAGAUGUCAAAGUUGGAAGAAGUAGAAGAGAUCGGGAUUGAAUUUAGCAUACAAAUUUUCGAUCAACUUCUGUACGAGAUUAUAUUCGAAUUUUCUAGGCUUCUUUGAAGAAUUCUGCCCUAAAAUGAUUUCAAUAGACUGAACAAUUGUGUAUAAAUUCUGCAAAGUCUCUUCUGCAUAUGUAUUUUUCUUGCUCCACCGUUAAAAGAAUGUGAGCUUAAAUUCCCUGAGAAUCCAUGGCGCCCUGUAAUAGUAGGGAAAAAAA